AUGUUUGACAGAAGAGCAUCUUCAAGUCUCGGCGUCCUCCCUGGAGUUGCUGUGCUAACGUCGGUUGCUGCUCAUUUGCUGAAUACUCCUGCGUUUAAGGUAGAUUUGCCUUCUUCCUGUGUUGCCUAUGCAUCCGCCCAUAACAAAAGUCAAAUUUCACCAAAAGGCAACCAAAGACACACGUUUCUAUCCUAAACUUUCAAAUACAGAUGCUCCCCGAUGUCAGAAAAAACUUGAAAGACGGCUACAUGAACCGGGUCUGGUGCGUGCCGCCCUACUUUAGUGAAUUGUCAAAAGCCGUCGCCCGUUGCCUAGAUAACUUAAGUCGUAACUUGGUUGAGGAUCUGACUCCAGAGGACUUCUUUUACAUUAAAUAGGCGGGGUAUUAUAUUAAUUACUUGGUUGGCCUGAGUUCGUUUGGCCUAGUCCACAAUGGAAAAAUUUGCGAGUGUUAACAUGCAUGGCUGAGCGCACCUGGUCAGUAAAGUAGAUUUAUUAUCUCCCUCCUAUCAGAGCGCAAUAAAAAGCCAAAGCGCAAGUUCACCAACAAUAUCUUACUUCUCUACGAGAGGAGUGACAGUGGGCCGAGAAAGUUUUGAACACCAAAGACAUGGGUCUGCCACCGACUUUGCUCCGUGUGUUCCAGCCACCAACCUACUAGGCUUUUAGUCGGAAUGCCGGUGACCAGGCAGAAGAGCAGGUGUGAAGGACCACCACUUCCUUUGCAAGCGGUAACCAUAGUAUUGGUGUUGGCCGAGCGCUAUUGGCACCGCUGCUUCAAUCAGAGAGUCGUGGAGCCCCAAACGAAGUAUAAGCUAGACACCAAAGUCAUUGCCGAAGGCCGAAGCGCCAAUGUAAGUACCCCGUUAAUGAACUCAUUUUCGUGUUUGAGACAAGCAUAUAAACAUACGGCCCUUUAGUUUCACCUCUUUGCGUUUGAACUUUAAGACAUAAUUUUCAUUGAGGCAGAAGCAUUGUUGAUUCUAGACUUUUGGAAAGUUCUCUUUUUUCUUUUGGAAUGUUUUUUUUAAUGAAAAUCCCAGUGAAUGAAGCCAGGCUGCAAGGUGUAGGUGUCAUUUAUCCCACAGGUGUUAUCCCGUUUCUGACGUCAACACUGCGAAAGAAGGAGAUAACACAACAGUGGCAGUUUCACCCAAAAUAUGCGUUCUUCGCCUUUGACAGCGACAGUUGCCAGUGUGGACGAGCAUUUAAUAGCAUGCGUAUUACGAUUAAGCUGUUUAGGUCGCAAAAAGUAACUCGGUUAUUUUAAAGCAUGAUAUAUUCAUCAGAUUUGAUUUUUCCAGGUGCAAUUUGAAGUUUUGGAAUAGGUAGUAGUCUAACGGAGUAGGGCCAAGGUAGAGGAGGUUUAUAUAAGGCUUUCCCUAAUUGAUUACCAGACUCUUUCCAGUUGAUUUGGAUAGGAGGCUGUCUACCUUCACAGAUAAGUUUACAAAAAAUCGUCAUAGUUUUUUAUCGCUAGGCCACCUUAGACGAUCCAAAACCUUUUGACGCGUUAGUAGAUUGCCACUGAAAGGUACGUAAGUGUUUUAAAUUUUUUUAGGUUAAUUUCUGGUACAGUGAACUACUCAUUCUUUCCACGGUGUAUAUUCAUUUCAUUUCCCUGCACCUUUACUAUUUUGUCAUUUAUCUGCCUCUUGCCUUCUUUGAAGAAAUACAGUUUGAAGAAGGAUGUGCUCUUCGCGUUUUUGGACAACGAGGCGUAUGACUUUAUGGGUUCCCAGCGGCUGCUUUUUGAUCUUACGAAUGCGAGGAUAGCCGCCCGCUCUGGUGCCCCUUUUACUAUUGAAAGCAUCGAAGCGGUCCUCGAAAUUUCUGCCGUCGGUCUGGCAGACUCAGUGGCAAAUGUUUCAACUUAUUUUCUGAUUUCGGAUCCCGAGGUUGCCCAAGCGGUACGUGUCGAUCUGUUAGUUUAAUUACUUUUCGACUCUUCGCCAUUAUGCCUUUUUUGUUAACACGCUGGCCCCUUUUGAUGAUUGCCAUUCUCCUAUCCGGGGAGAAUAUUGCGCACCUCCAUUCAAAAAUCUUUCUUCUGGGCACUUUUUUUACCUGGCGUUCGAGUCUUUGGAUGGCGAGAAAUCUCUUCUGUAUGUUCGUCUCACUUCCCGAUAUGCAUCUCAAGCAGACGAAGGUCUAGGUCAAAAACGUUGCCAUAUCGCUCAAUUGUCGUACUACAUGGUGAUGGGUAUGGCGUAUUCUACCUGAAUUGUUGUAACGAACUACAGAACUAUUUAACUCAUCGAUGCCGUUACUAUUUAGCCAAACGCUCCCCGCAUGACUACUUACCCUGCUCGGGCAGUCUUAACACUUAGUAGUGCGAGGGGCAGGGUGAUCAUUGCGCUUAUUGAUGGACUACAUAACGGUGAAUCUUGUUUACAGGAGGUAUUUCCUUGAAAUUCCGAAUCAUUUUGCACCUUUUUCACGAAUCAUAGAAUAAAAAAAUCACACCGGCCAAUAGACCACAGUCGCUGCCCAAUUCGCAACUUUUUACCACAUGGUGACGCCGUAGCACUUCUUUCCAGGGAAAACGGUUAUCCCGUGCUAUUUUACACCAAACAUGUCCUUUCUGGAGACUAUUAUAAAUGGAAGAAGAAGGCAAGGCGAUCAAUGCGAAGAUUUAGCCACCUGACGUUUCGUACUCGUGCUCAAGCACAUCAUCGGCGAUUGACAAAAUGAGAACUACAUGGUUUAAAUAGGUAAUUCGUGCUCGCACCUAACAGGUCAGUCCCGCUCUAUUCUUAUUGGCUCUCCUAUCGCGCGCAUGUGGUGCCUGACGGCCUCGUUUGACGAUGGUAGGUCAAUACUGCGGUUAAUCUAGUUGGUGUCUGAUUGCCAGGCUUCGAUUACUCCUCUCGUCAGUUUGCUUUCGACUCGGCCGAGCACUUGGGCACCGUCAAAGUCGAACAUGCGAUUAUUCUCUUGACUGCGUGGCGACGUGCGAUCGUGUAUCCUUUCGCUUUACAGCUAAAGCGUGCUUGUGCAUGCGCGUUCGCGGUUGUUCGUCGAUCAUGCCGCAGUAGUUGGCCAGACAUUCUAGACAUUUGGCACGAGAUGUUUGGUCACUGAGUCUAACGCUCCACCACUGAGCAAUGGACCCGUUGUCCUGUCGGUUGCGAUCGCGAAUAUCAGCAGUGAUAGGGUAGUGCUCACCGAUCAGAUUACGGGCUGUUCUCGUCCCCUUGUGCCUUGGGGCUCGGUCUUGUUCGUUCUUCGCAAAGGCCUGCUUUCGGCGUCCAAAGAGAGGUCUAAUCACUGUGUUCAGGCAGUGGAACAUACAAGAUAAAAUCAGUCAAGUACUGGUUCAUGCAAUGUAAGACAGCUUUACCUUAAGCGUGAUGUGGUCAUCUAGCGUGAUGUAAGACGCCGGCGGAACGCAUGGCUUCGAUCAAGUUCUUGUGAGGAUUCAGACAGCUAAAAAUGCAUGUAAAUAUGGAUCGGCGAGGAACUACGACUUAGGAUCUCAGGAAUCUCGUCGCCUCCUAAUAGCUGUCUUUCACCGCCGAGCCGCAGUGACGCCAACGAAGCCCAUCUCCGACACUUAAUCAAAAACAACUGGUUUUUACACACGUAUGUUUCCUUAAGUCCCCCACAGAAAGUAAUGAACUACAGCGGGCGUUGUCACGGGAGUUUGUUACUGGCGGAGCCAUCCGCCUGAAUAAUAGUGCCCGAUCUGCUGAUCAUCGGAGCUGUUCGGACUUCAACUGUAUGCGCCUUGUUGCUCCGAAUUCUACACAACAUAAUCAUAAUGAUUUCUGGAGAGAAUCUCUUCGGAGCUUCAAGCAUUAUUCACCAAUUUUUGAUGCUGGGAGGUUAUACAGCCUUUUCAACAUUCAACCGCUCUAUCAACCUCCCCCCCCCUCCAAUCUACCGACCAGCCUUCAUAAAAAGGUGCGGAUGGAGUAACUGUUAUAAGACACUAUGUCCCGGUGGAAGAAGUGUUUUGCGCAACUUAGCCAUGUUGACCGAAUCCUCUCAGCUGCUGUUUUGUCUGGUUACGCCUCGUGCACGCGUAUAGUCGUGGCCGUCUACUGGGGAGAUUAUUAAUAGAAUAGCAACCAAACAUCUAAAAAGUACUCCUUACAUAACAAAUCUAAAAAUACUGUUUUACUGCGCUAUCGUGUAGACUGCAAAGGCUUCUAGCACAAACAUAUGACUUAGAUCCCUGCUUACAGCCCGGAUGUCCCCUGUGUUUACGUCGACCUCCAAGCAAAUCUCCAGACCGUUCUCACAGUUAUCGUGGCAUUAGCAUUAUCAACUUUGGAGCUUGCUUUAGUUGAUUGUUUCAUUAUACACAGGCUGGCUGGCAGAGUACUCAAAUAUCUACACUUCUACCAGCAGCAUGGCUUCGUAGAAUGCGUUGAUCAUGUCGCCGUAUUUGACCCAAUUCCACAGAGCCUCCCUAUCGUCGAUUAUGCUGUGCUCCGUUGCAUCGUUUUCUGCUGUGCCGUACUUUAUCAAGUCUCGAUAUAGGUUGCCAUGUCAUUGGGGGCCUUUGCUGCCACAGAUGCUCACAUUAAGUACCUUUACGCACCGUUUUGGGUGGGUCUAUUAAUCAGCGUCGCUGCCGCACAUUAAAAUAAAACGCACCCAGAUCAUCACUGCUGUAGCCACCUCCGCAACAGAGAGGGUUAUUGUAACGCCUCAGCUACGUUAUUGCAAUUGGAGAAAGGUGGGAACCGAUCAUCGGAACAAGUUUCUGUUAUUGAAUUAUCGCUAUCGUCGACCGUAAAAUUACGACUUUCAUUUGGAAGUAAACUGCCUAAUCCGCAGAACCGAAUGUUUGUUUCUCUGGCUCCCGAAAGUUUUACAGGAGUCUGUCGUCAGAGGUGCCAACAGCAAUGAAAGGACGAUAUCAAUGGCAUAUCGUGGCCAAUCAGUGAUCGUCGUGCUUUUGGAGGUGAUUGCGUGGGGCUCUGUAGACGGACGCAAUCAGCCCUCUAAGCUCAGAUUGUCCCACAGCUUACGUUUUUCUCGAACGGACCAAUUUUCAGCUACAAUAUUGAAUAUGUGGAUCACCGGAAGGAUAUGGGUAACAAUUGGGGAUAUUCGAUUUCCCCAUAACAUGGUUUGUUUAUCUACCUUCAUGCGUGAUUCCAGCAUUGGUCCGAUCUAAUAUGUAAAAUUGCAUUGUCGGUUCGGUCACGGACAUAAUACAGUGAACCAGAUAGAUCGGCAGGGUUUGGUUCGUCUUUGCCUCUAAUGAAGCAGCUGCUUAUGCUGGUUUCUACCAUUACGUACUCCCUCUGCGAUGCAUUCAGUCGCCUCCGAAGCAUUUGUGAUAUGCGGCCCAGAAUCCAUUAUCUACAGCAAAUUCUAUGGUUGAGUUAGCCUUGGGUAAUCAUAAAGGCACCUGGUUAUAUAGGUUUUUUGAUGGACUUGCGCCAUAAACUGAUCGUGAGGAUACUGAUUCCGUAAUUUUUGUUUUUUGGGUUGCUGCAGCUGGCCUAAAUCUAUCUUAAGAGCGUUUUCACACAACUGAGUGCGACUGGGUGUCUAUUGGGGUUACAAGAUGCCAUACUGACAGCACCGAUACCCGGUAAAAGCCCAGACACGUGUCUCACCGAUAUUCUGCUGUUGCAUGGCACAGCUGCGAGGUUUCCGGCCCAUCAUUGGGUCUCCCUGCAUUCCUCGUGUACUUUCUGGUAGAUACUCCAGUUUAUAAAUUGUUGCUUUUUAAUUUCCUCAGAAAGUAACCGCUAACUUGAAGUAAAUCAGUUCUAACUAAGGUUUGUUGAGUUGGGAAAUUUUUGUUGGGUACUUUACUGAACAUCGUUGUUUGGAUCUUCAUAUUAUGAUUCCGUCUGACAAACAUCGAGCAAGAGUAACUGCUGUUCCAUUUGUCCUCUGUUGACCUGCCUUGUGCUACGUGUAGGUGUGCGGCAGUUAAAUUGUUUGUUAUUGGCCUAGCAGCGCUCAAAAAAUCCAUGCUCGCGAAAGCUAAUACUGUGUAGAUUCUUUAUCAGCAGUCCCGCUAUCAAACCAAAGUUUUCGGAGCCCAUCGGAGUCCCCUUGGCCUGCUCUCACGUUUCUUCACCCGCAUUGAAACAAUGCUUCUGGCAAGAUGCGAUCAGUCGUAUGAAACUGUUCAUCCCUUGUGACGUCUGCGUAUCGGCGUAUUCUGCCUCCAGGUGUUUUCGCAGGAUUUUAUUUGAGAAGGCAGUUAGGAUUGACGCAGGUGACAUCACAUCGAAAGAAACCAUUGUACUAUCCGACUGAAUUCAUAGGCCUCAGAGGUUAAGGGGUCCUAAAGCUGACCAGAGUGAAGCGGUGGAAGUCUCCUGAAUAAAAUUUAAUUAGAGUGCAUGUAUGAUUACCUUUACGGACAGCAGCGAAACAUCUGCCUUGUGUGUCUUUGGUAGACUACCAACCUUGCUGCCCGAAUUACAUUCGGGCGGCCGCGCUGUCAUUAUUUUAUCGCGAGUUAUAUGGUAGAAAACAUUCGGGGAAUAUAUAUUCUGGAAGCCUAACUCGUGCUUUGCCCCUUCCUGUUGGGAGCCACCAUCGCCGUCAAGUUUUUCCUCACAAUGCUAAUGCCCGCAAGACUUCAUAGGAUUUACUCCAAAACAGUUGACUUAAUUUUUGGAUCUUAAUCAACCCUGCUCAGCUGGAAAAUACCCUGUCAGCAUAGUCCGCCGGUGGCUUUGCUUCACAGGGCGUUCUUCCCACUAUGAAUUUUCGUUAUUAGUAGGAUUGCCAGUCAGCCUUCGUUGCGUUUUCAGCUGCCUACUACUUAUAUUGACUGUAGAAUUCUGACUUGUGAUAGCUUUUUUCCAUUCUUAAUCGCAUCCUUAUGUUGGACUUACUUCUUUUGUAAGUGUUGUGUGGGCGUUUUUGACUUUUCUUUUAUCGAAAAGGUUUCCUUAGAGCUAACCUGAAACUCUAAGGCAGCGCUCGCUGUUUGCCCGUCCGUAUGCGUGGCCACUCAGGAAGCUCAUUAAUUUACCUGAAGGUCAGCCUAAGCUAACCGAGAAUUUGCACCUUGACAAUUUGUCGGCAGUUUUUGAGCAACGCCUUUUUAUGACUAUGGCUUUUGCCACCACAAGUGUUUUCGAUUGCCUUUGUAUUCUGAAAAUAAGAUGUGCACAAAGACAAUUUAUUUGUCUGUUUGUGUACGGUCGUCCUCGAGAGUUGCCCAUCAUUGCGACGGCCUGGAUUAUCAUGCACUUGGUUGGCUUCCGGCAGUCCUUUCGACCAGCUCCUCAACAUCGCUGAAUUGGACAAAAGCCCUUUCGAUACCUACACUUGCCCAGGCCGGCCUUUUUUAACGACCGUCCGUCUACAUGCCCUAAUUCUAAUCUUUCACAUUACGCAGUCAAUUACGAGUCCCCGUUGGGGUAAUAAGACAAACAUAUGACAGAAAUGCGAGUUUUAUCGAUGUCUUCUGCAGAUUACGUUAAUUGCCGCGCCCAUCUGCCCUACUAAUAAACGUAGUAUUAACCACCUUCCUGUAUUACAGGAGUCCAUAGGCUCUAUUUUCCCACUGGGCUCAUAUAUCCCAUCCUCGCCCUAUUCUGCAUCCAGGGCGUCGGAUAUCCCAUCCGAAUCUCAACGCAACCCAAGUAACCUAUUUCGUCUGUUUACCUAAUUGUGGGGUGGGAAGAAGCCAAGGCUUGCAUCACUCGCCCGCGUAGUUUUCUUGACAGUAAACCAGACCCUAACCUUAAGUUCCUACUAGAGAAAAAUGCUUCCACAUUUUCUGCGAAAAAUGUUCCCACUCUAUCCUGAUCAAAAUACAAACUGCAAAAAGUUUAGGAAGAAUAAAUAACAGCUAAAAAAAGUAUGUGACUGUCAAAGUAACAAACCGGAUGUAUAUUUUGGCCUCACUACAUGUUAAAAUUGUGCUAGAGGUGGAAUAACCAGCUGUUAAUAAGCCAUCACACAACAAGAAAGGUGACGAAAACCGCAGCAGAUUGGAUGAGACGACUUUGCAACAUUUAGAACAAAAUAAGGGGUUUACCAACAUCUUCAAGAGAUAGAUAAGUGAAAUACCCGUUCUCGUAACGUUCGACUUCCCUGCUGAAAGGGCAGUCAGAAGUCCUAAUGUGCUGAUAAGUAGCUAACCGAUAUCACCUGCAGUUAGUGCCUGUGGCGGCAUCGGCGGUCCAUUGGUCCAAUGAGACAUGCAACUUGCAAAGAAACUAAUUAAACGCUCGAGCUAGUGUAAUUUGGGAGCAUUUUUGGCCAGUUUUAUCGAUGUUUACUUAGUUUCUGAUUUGGAUGUAGCGUUUGAUUUUGGUUUUAAAUAUUCAUUUACAUGUUAAUGCUCUUGUUGAUAACUUAAUUUACGCCUCAUAAGAGCGCGUUUGCUCAGCCACAUCCGGAAUUUUUUUUGUCCAAACGGUCUCAGUUUGCUCUUCAAGAUUGCCCUUGACCAAAGAAACACGAGAUCCAAAAAAUACGACUGUUUGGAAAAUUUUUCGUCAGUUAUGAUUCAAAAUCUAGUCUUGAGUGCUCUCUUGCACCCAUCUUUCAUUGUCCCCUUCUGCUUUCAGACAGUAAAAGUUACAUCAGCCAUCUGGCAGGCCCUGAAUAAAUCUGCUACAGUCUUCCCGGGCGUCAAUUUCGUAAAUCUAACGGAAGUUAAACCUGGCCUUCCACUUCCACCGACGGUUUCUGUGCACGCCUUUCUAAGCCACUACAAGAGUCUGGGUCGGCAACUUAGUCACACAGUCAUUUUCGAUCGCGGUGGCCCCCCAUACGCCGACCCCCGCAUGGACUCCUUUCUGGAUGUGACUUGGCCCCCCAAGUCACUGCCUCAGGCCGACGCAGUCCUCCUCAAUCUGGCUAACGUCGUGGCCAAUGCAAUCUACUCUGUAAGCCUUGUGGCCUCAAGCACUAAGUUCUGUCACGGCACUUUUUUUCCACUUUUACCGCGAAUGUCCGCCCACUGACCGCUUUCGGUACUUUCUGUCACAUCGCAGUCGUUUGAAAACACUUUGCCUUGCUGUAAAUUCAAAGUACAGUAGUCUGACCUGAUAGUUUGUCCGUCGCAGCCGACGAGUACCACCACUGCCUCGUGAACGUAGUGAUCACUUGGAUAUUAAAUACAAUCAGAAAGGCCUGUGCAGCAUCGGUCCCACCUCCCCACACACCCACCCUGUCCCAAGAUGGAAACAAUCAGAGGCCGAAUCCACGUGUACGCGUGCCACAACAGGGGCCACACACUAGUCUGCCUGAAUUCUUUGGAUAAACAAUCACCGACGUUUGAUCACGAACAAGGAACUUGAUCGAAAAGUAACCGGACAGAAAGCAUACGGGCCGCAGAAGAUCUGUCAUAGUAGAUUUUUCUGGAAUUAUACUAUGACGCUGGACCGGCUGUACCUCCAACCGAAACCUGUGAUACGUACGAUCAACAUGUUUACAAGGUAAUUUCAAUCCAGGUGCCACCAACGGCGUUAGGUUGUAGAUUCCCAUUGAUGACUCGCCACCAUUAAGUCUUUGUCGGGAUUCAUAAGUUGUUCAUGUGCUGAGCAAGCUCUAAUACUACAUUAUAGUGGUCAACCCUUGGCUGGGACUCGAGCUAGCUGACGAAGGCACGAACAAGUCUAAGGCAGCUUUUCUCUUACUCUUUUUCCGUGGUCAGUCUCUUCUGGAUGGAUACACGCGCCCCUAAACUCAAGCGCGAAUUUCAGAAGCCUGCAUUUGCAAAUCAUUCCUACCGUGUCGCACAUAGCUACUUUAUGAAUACCGUAAUUGUCAGGAGUCCAUAGAUUCCACGGUAGUCCAUGGUGCACGGCAAAGUGCGGAGUUGGUCUGCCCACCCGCAGCUGGAUUUGAAGUGAACCUCCCCUCUUGCGCCAAUCUUAAAAACUGUCCAAUUAGGAUGAUAGGUGCUGCAAAAAGCGGGUUGAAAUCUCGAUGCAGCCAAGCUCUUGGCCGAGCAUAAUCAUCAUCCCUUGUUAUAGGUAGAUUCUUCGAUAGUUCAGUCUUGCACUGAACUGUGUAGCAUUGCUACAGCAACGACGGGUAAAGCUAACAGGAAAAUAAACGGUCUCAUUUAAAACAGGACUUAACUUCAUAUCAUACGUUUGCUACCCCCUCCAACCUUAGACGCCAAAUAGUCUGCCCAGUUGCUUUGAUUAAAAGCUCUAUGGCUCCACCUAAGCGUAUCACCUUGACCCUGCGUCUCUCCACAGGAAACGGUCACUACCGGCGAUCCGAUGCCUCCGAUUCAGUCUGUCACGCCCGGUGAACUCAUGGAUUGUUUCGUGAAAAACCCCGGAUGUGACCUUCUUCGAAUGGUAGGUUUUAGGACUGUGUUAACUUGAUUUCUCUAGCCGAUGGAGAAGGCAGUAAGCAGUGAUCGUCACUAAAAACAUCAGUCUAUGGGGCAAUUGUGAAAACUGUUGGAUAUACCCAUUGACAACGCAGCGGUUGCAUUAGCGGAAAGGCCCUAAAGUUGUCUACUCAGACGGCCCGAGCCAGGCCCCAUAGUGAUGAUUCUUUCCGCGAACUCCGAAAGAUGACGUGGAUGGAGGUUUUAUUGCUGACAACUCGGUCAAAAUCGAGCGCUGGCGCAAACACUUCGAGCACCAUCACAACCUCAACGCUCAACUCACCACUCCCUUGCUCUCCUCUGAAUCGGAAUUUCCUACCUCUCCAACCUGUGCAGUUUUUAUGCGCCCCCUUCUGAAGAAGUCGCCGAUGUCAUACAAAGGCUACCCAACAACAAGGCACCCGGAGAGGACGGUGUACCCGCUGAAAUCUACGAGUCUUGUGUCGACACUGGUACCCUGGCUCCAUGAGGUGAUUGAACAAGCGUGGGGAGUCAAGGUUGCACCUGAUCACUGGGGCUCAGGCAUCCUUGUACCUACCCUCAAGGAGAUAACAGAAGGUGCGAGAACUACCGCUGCAUAAGUCUCAUCAACGUUGCUGCGAAGAUCUUCGCUAUUGUCUUCCUCUGGCGAUUCCAAGCUGUGCGUGACUCUAGGGCAGGGCCAAACCAAGCCGGAUUUCGUGCUGGACAUGGAUGUUCGGACCAGAUAUUCACACUAGGUCGCAUUCGCGAAUUCCGCCAUGACUCCCGGCAACCGACGGCCGUCCGCUUUGUUGGCUGCCAACGCGUUAGACUCCGUCUAUCACGAGUCCCUGUGACAGGUAAUGGCACUAAAUGGCGUACCGCCAAAAAUCAUCUCCAUAAUCAAGGCCUUUUAUCGCUCCACCACUGCGAGAGUUCUGGUCCACAGCAAUCUUUUCCAACCUUUUGGUAUUCGGUCCGGCGUUCGACAAGGUUGCAUCUUGUCGCCCAUCCUGCUCAACUACGCUAUUGACUGGAUUCGCAGGAGGGCCCUACACGGUGACGGUGUUCAAUUUGCAUCCAGACACCGACUGACUGCUCCCGACUAUGCAGAUGAUAUUGUCUUACUUGCCUCAAGUUUCGGUGAUCUGAGGUCUAUGGCGUCAUGGGCGAAUACGGUCGCUAAAUCGGUCGGUUUACUCAUAAACGCUGGGAAGACUACAGUGUUUUCAAGCUGCAUCUCUGACUAAAAGAUGGCACCUCUCGGAAUUGAUGGCUGUCAACUUGAAGAAUUAAAUACCUCAGGAGGCUGCUGCCGAAUGGGCGGGAUAACUCCGAUAGUCUUUCAAAUUGAUGCUACCCGCCGGGUUUUCUCAAGCCCUCGAAAAUGCCCAUAGAUCCGACGCGAUAUCUCCAUCGCAACUAAGAUUCGCGUGUACCAUGCAUCUGCCCUUCACAUGAUUGUAAAUCCUGGGCUGUGAGCGUGGAGGACGAGCGAAAACUGGAGGUUUGACCACUCCUUGAGGACCAUCCUCCGAGUGAAGUACACGGACUUCGUCUCAAAUGAGGCAGUCCGCACUUUCUGCGACAUUGCAAAGAUAUCUCAGGCCAUCAAAGAAAGACGACUGAGGUGGUUUUGACAUGUUCUUCGUCGUUCACCUCCGGAGCUCAGUGUUACUGUCUUCGAUCCGGCACCGUUACACCCCAUUGGAUGUGUCUAAGAGGGGGUCAACUCAAAACCUGGCUCGACAGUCCGUCAAGAUAUGGAAGUGGUUCUUGGACCUUCGGCAUUCGGUAUCCGUUCUUGGCGAAGUGAAUGGAUCGAACUGUCAAGAUCUGCCGCCGGGAACCGUCACGCGUGGGGAGGUACAGUUCGGGAAAUCAUCGAUGCCGGCUAGAUCAGGCAGGAUUGCAGCCGUACCAAGUACAAGUAACGUCUAAAACCCGUGGCAUUUAUCCGUGUCCUUAUCGCAGUAAAAUCGUAGGCCCGGUUCUAGCCACUAUUGCCCGAAGGCGUAGAGGAUACGAUUGGUCGGAUUCCCCGUCACUGCGUUAAACGAAUAACGCUGGUGGGGAAGCCUCCGUUGUGAAUGCAAAUACACCGUCCGUCAACCAAAUGUGGGCAACCGAGAUGCCACAUUUCUUUAAAAUGUCCUUUCUGGUUGCUGCCAUUUCUUGGCAGUAUCCCGCGCGUUGAUUAAAAUCAACCUAGGUCAUUUUCGAACAUUCGACAUAAUUUGCUUUCUGAACAUUUCCCCAGCUUACCGAUACGGUUCCUGAUUUUAGCUAAACUUUUCGCCUUGUAACUUUAGCACCUAGAGCCCGACGUUGUAGACUUUCUGCUGAGUCUGUCAGGACCUAUUCCGACGCAGGGCUAUGGUCCCAUAGACGGCCGAGAAUGGCGUGUAUCCCACGUGGUCGCACGCCUCCUAAUGGGGCUGACUGGCGAACGCCUCAAAGAAUGUCCAUCUGCCGAUCAGUAUGGCGUCUACACCUACAUGUAUGGUUGUAAGUAUAUUUUACACUCCCUAUCCAAAACUGUCGCUGUGCCUUUUUCUCCAGCCCACUGCCCAAAUUCAAAUCCUACUUUGCUUCUAAGACUUCAACGGAACCCAGUGGUGCUACCGCAGCCUGAUUGACACUUCGACUUCCUUCUUCUUCCUCGACGGAGACCGCGUUGCUGCACCUGGCUGGGUCCGUAGUAGCGUAUACGGUAACAAAAGGUACGUCCGUAUGUACCGAAGCGCCUCCGAUAGCCUGGACAAUUGGACAAUCGCACUUGGUGUUAUCUUGACCCUGUGUGCCGCAGUGGCCGGCAUCGUGGCGCAGGUUUACAACAGGGCGCUUUUCCCGCGCCAACACGACUCUGACCAUCAGAUUCUAACGUCCGGCUUCGAAAGCCCACCCAUUUAG